AUGACAUCUCCGUCUUUGACACUGUCAAGCAUUCCAUACGACUGCCAGCGAGAGAUCAUCCGCCAUCUGGAUGCCCAGGCAGUCACGAAUCUCCGGCUGACUAGCCGUCAAAUGAAAGACCUCUGUUCCGGUCCUUGCUUCAACGGCUUCCUGAGACGCCAAACUAUCGAAUUCUCCAAGAAAGGUCUCGAGUCGCUCGUUGACCUCGCCUCUUAUGAAGAGUUUAAAUCUACUGUGCGAGAGCUCAUAGUUCGCGUACCCCUAUACAUGACUGGCGCGAGGACGAUGUUCACCAUCGAACAGCCCACUACGGCAGAGGAUGUCAACUUUGUGGAGUCUCAAGACACCAUUCAGUAUGAGUUUCUUGAGACAUCUGCUCUUGAGCUCCUCACCUCAGCUUUGAGAUCCCUGGGUAGCCUUGAAGUGAUCGAUCUCGAUCUCAUUGUAGUCACUGGAGCUCGACCAGCGGCUCGUUGUGACCCUAGGAUUUCGGACUUCUUACUCAACAUGUCCAUGUGCUCUCGGAUCUACCGUCUCUUCAUCUCCGCCAUCGCAAAGAGUGGCAUCUCCCUGGAGGCAUUGAGCAUCUUCCGGCAAUCCCCGUUUGGUGCUGUGUCAUAUUAUGGUCGUGCGGCCACCACGACAGAACUUGAGAAAGGUGGGACACAGCCUGGCACCAUCAGGGGUCAAGAGCUUUGA